AUGAACAGACUGAAAGUUAAUAUCUUUGGAAUUAGUGAAGUCCGAUGGCCCGGUAGUGGCAAAUGCAUAACUGAUGGAGGAACAUUUUACUACUCUGGUAGUGACGAUCAACAAAAGCAUCCAAACGGUGUUGGAAUUUUGGUAGACAAAGAAACAAAUAAAGCCGUUACAGGUUUUGUACCCCUCUCAGAGAGAGUAAUGAUGAUACAGUUAGAAACAUCAAAGAUACGAACAAAUAUUAUUCAAGUGUACGCCCCAACGGCACAAAGUGAAGACAGAGAAAUUGAUGAAUUUUACGGGCAAAUAGAACAAUUAUGGAAGAACAUUAAAAAACACGAAGUGACAAUUGUAAUGGGAGAUUUCAAUGCCAAAAUCGGUAGAAGAGGAGUUGUGGAUGUCAUUGGAGAGCACGGACUAGGACAGCGUAACGAGAGAGGAGAGAGGCUGGUUGAAUUUGUCCAAGAGAAAGAUAUAGUAGUGACAAACACCUUAUUCAAACUACCACCAAGAAGAUUAUACACGUGGAGAUCACCACAGGACACAAAAGAUAAAAUAGUAAGAAACCAGAUCGACUAUGUCAUGAUUAAUAAACGGUACAGAAAUAGCAUACUCUCAGCCAAGACAUACCCAGGAGCAGACAUGGCAUCGGAUCAUAAUCCUGUAGUUGCAACAUUUAAACUAACUCUAAAACGUAUCAGACAGUCCAAGAAGAGUACCAAAAUGGACUUCACAAGAUUAAGAAACAGCGAAACUAGAUCAAGGGUUGAAAAACGACUUACAGAAGAGUUGCAAACAUCACACAGUAGAGAUAAGGGAGACAUAAACAUCGAAUGGGAGAAAAUUAAAGACACAAUUUUUGAAAUAGGAAACAAAGAGUUGAGCUGUAAGAAUGAGAAAAAGAAAAACGAAUGGAUGACCGAUGAAAUUAUCGAAUUAAUGAGAACAAGAAGAGAGGCUAAAACCACUGAAAACAACAGAUACAAAAGUAUACAUCGGGACAAAUGA